UUAUUUUUGAUACAGCUCUUUUAAACAGACUGAUUAGUUUCCUUUAUGAUUUUACAUUUGAAUGCACACACUAUUUCAUUCUUUGUCAUUGUUGCAUGACAUUCCAUUUGGCAGUUGGCUUAUUUUUAGCCAGACUAUCAAAGUAUUUCUCAACUGGACUGUCACUGCACUUGAACUUGGAAUUUUGUAGCCUGAAUAACUGCACUGUAGAAAAGAAAGAACUGCUCGCAAAUGGGAAAUUAUAAAUCUAGACCAACUCAAACUUGUACUGAUGAAUGGAAGAAGAAAGUCAGUGAAUCUUAUGUGACUAUAAUAGAAAGAUUAGAAGAUGACCUGCAGAUCAAGGAUAAAGAGCUUACAGAACUAAGCCAUAUAUUUAGCUCUGAUGAAGCCUUCAGUGAAGUCAAUUUAAAUUACCGCACUGAAAACGGGCUCUCUCUACUUCAUUUAUGUUGCAUUUGUGGAGGCAACAAGUCACAUAUCCGAACACUUAUGUUAAAAGGGCUCCGUCCAUCUCGACUGACAAAAAAUGGAUUUACAGCCUUGCACUUGGCAGUUUAUAAGGAUAGUGCAGAAUUGAUCACUUCACUGCUUCACAGUGGAGCUGAUAUACAGCAAGUUGGGUAUGGUGGCCUCACUGCCCUUCACAUUGCUACUAUAACUGGUCACCUGGAGGCUGCUGAUGUGUUGCUGCAGCAUGGAGCUAAUGUCAAUGUUCAAGAUGCAGUCUUCUUCACUCCAUUGCACAUUGCAGCAUACUAUGGGCAUGAACAGAUUACCCGCCUCCUUUUGAAAUUUGGUGCUGAUGUAAAUGUAAGUGGUGAAGUUGGAGAUAGGCCUCUCCACCUAGCGUCUGCAAAAGGAUUCUUCAAUAUUGCAAAACUCUUAAUGGAGGAAGGCAGCAAGGCAGAUGUGAAUGCUCAGGAUAAUGAAGACCAUGUCCCACUCCACUUCUGUUCUCGCUUUGGACACCAUGAUAUAGUGAAGUACCUGCUCCAAAGUGACUUGGCAGUUCAACCCCAUGUUGUUAAUAUCUACGGAGACACCCCUUUGCACUUGGCAUGCUACAAUGGCAAAUUUGACGUUGCUAAGGAAAUCAUUCAAAUAUCAGGAACAGAAAGUCUGACUAAGGAAAAUAUCUUCAGUGAAACAGCUUUUCACAGUGCUUGUACCUAUGGCAAAAGCAUUGACCUGGUUAAAUUCCUUCUUGAUCAGAAUGUCAUAAACAUCAACCACCAAGGAAGGGAUGGCCACACUGGACUACAUUCUGCUUGCUACCAUGGUCACAUCCGCCUGGUUCAGUUCUUACUGGAUAAUGGAGCUGAUAUGAAUCUAGUAGCCUGUGAUCCCAGCAGGUCUAGUGGUGAAAAAGAUGAGCAGACAUGUUUGAUGUGGGCUUAUGAAAGAGGACAUGAUGCCAUUGUCACACUCUUGAAGCAUUAUAAGAGACCCCAGGAGGAACUGCCCUGCAAUGAAUAUUCUCAGCCCGGAGGAGAUGGCUCCUAUGUGUCUGUUCCUUCCCCCUUGGGGAAGAUCAAAAACAUGACAAAAGAGAAGGCAGACGUUCUCCUCCUAAGGGCUGGAUUGCCUUCACACUUCCACCUUCAGCUCUCAGAAAUUGAGUUCCACGAGAUUAUCGGCUCAGGAUCUUUUGGGAAAGUAUAUAAAGGACGAUGCAGAAAUAAAAUAGUGGCCAUCAAACGUUACCGAGCCAACACCUACUGCUCCAAGUCAGAUGUGGAUAUGUUUUGCCGGGAGGUGUCCAUUCUCUGCCAGCUGAAUCAUCCCUGUGUAAUUCAGUUUGUGGGCGCUUGCUUGAACGAUCCCAGCCAGUUUGCCAUUGUCACCCAGUACAUAUCAGGAGGUUCCCUGUUCUCCCUCCUUCAUGAACAGAAGAGGAUUCUUGAUUUGCAGUCCAAGUUGAUUAUUGCAGUAGAUGUGGCCAAAGGUAUGGAGUACCUUCACAACCUGACACAGCCAAUUAUACACCGUGACUUGAACAGUCACAAUAUUCUUCUCUAUGAGGAUGGACAUGCUGUGGUGGCUGAUUUUGGAGAAUCAAGAUUUCUACAGUCUCUGGAUGAAGACAACAUGACAAAACAACCUGGGAACCUCCGUUGGAUGGCUCCAGAGGUGUUCACACAGUGCACGCGGUACACCAUCAAAGCUGACGUCUUCAGCUAUGCUCUGUGUCUGUGGGAACUUCUCACUGGUGAAAUUCCAUUCGCCCAUCUCAAGCCAGCUGCAGCAGCAGACAUGGCCUACCACCACAUUAGACCUCCCAUUGGCUAUUCCAUUCCCAAGCCCAUAUCUUCUCUGCUGAUGCGAGGGUGGAAUGCAUGUCCUGAAGGAAGACCUGAGUUUUCUGAAGUUGUCACGAAGUUAGAGGAAUGUCUCUGCAAUAUUGAGCUGAUGUCUCCCGCAUCAAGUAACAGCAGUGGGUCUCUCUCACCAUCCUCUUCCUCUGAUUGCCUGGUGAGCCGGGGAGGGCCUGGCCGGAGCCACGUGGCAGCUUUACGGAGUCGUUUUGAGUUGGAAUAUGCUCUAAAUGCAAGAUCCUAUUCUGCCUGGUCCCAAAGUGCUAGACAAUGUUCCUCUCAAGGCCUGUCAUUGGAAGAGAUGAAAAGAAGUCUUCAGUACUCACCCAUUGACAAAUAUGGCUGGACAAAAGGAAGUAUUUUUGCUCUAAGAUGUAGAUCUUGUUUCAGUCCACCCAGAGUUGAGAUACAGUGGUAUGUAUCUUGCUUCCCCUCACCCUGGCUCCCCAACCACAACCUCCCUCACAUCUGCCCAGAGCCAGUCCCACAGAAGGAGAGAGAGGCCGACAGUAUGGGCGGCAGAGGCAUUUCCUCUGGGGAGAGUUUAUGUGGCACCUAAGAGAUUUUGACAGAGACCAUUCUUAUGAAAAUAAAUAUGCCUAUCCAACCGUGUCUUGCUAGAUGUCCUAAUGAAAAUGUAGAUGGCUAGGUUGCUUCUGGAAACUCAGCUAUCAAAAGGAAGCAAAAGCAGCAAUAGCCAUUGAUCAAUGUGCCCAUUUUCACAGAAGCAAUGGAUGGCUUCCUUGCUUAGAGCAGAAAAACAGCUAUUUCCCUGCACACACACCUGGGUCCUCCACAACAGUGGCCCGCUUCUGAGCCGCUGGGAUCAUUCUCUGGCCACAUCCAGGGCUGUUGUUGCAAAGGGCAUCAAAUACGGGGAUUUAGACCUCAGGACUGAUGUACACUUAACAUUUGGGCUACCAGCAUGAAAAACCCAACAGAGGCAACCUGCUGUGGAAGAAAGUCUUUUCCCUUUUCUUUCCAGCUAGCACCACCUUCCUUUCUUAGCCAUCAUUGGUUCAGCAUUCACUAUGCAC